AUAUGUCAUCAUCUUCAUUCAUUCGUUAGAAUCAAUCAAAGCCCAACUAAUAAAACAAAAACAAAAAUAAAAAUAAAACAGAUCACAGAGGUUACCCACCCAAUAGCCAUGGAUGAAGAAAACAAGAGCAGUACCCAAACCCGAAAAUACUUUUGGGGAAACACACCAGAAGAACAAGACUACUACAACCUCCACAACAUCAAAUCCACCUCCUCCUUCUUCACCUCCCCAAGAGGCUUAUCUCUCUUCACCAGAUCAUGGCUCCCUCUUACCCCUCCACGUGGCAUCAUCUGUAUGGUCCACGGCUACGGCAACGACAUCUCCUGGACCUUCCAAUCCACCGCCAUCUUCCUCGCUUCCAACGGCUUCGCCUGCUUCGCUCUCGACAUGGAAGCCCACGGCCGAUCCGAAGGCCUCAAAGCCUUCGUCCCUGACGUCAACUCCGUCGUUGAAGACUAUAUCGCUUUUUUCACAUCCAUCGUAUCGAGUGAUGAAGGUUACGAGAAGCUUCCGAGAUUCCUGUACGGUGAAUCUAUGGGCGGUGCUAUCUGCCUUUUGCUUCAGUUUAACAAGCCUUUCUUCAACGGAGCUGUUUUAAUCGCUCCGAUGUGUAAGAUUUCAGAUAAGGUUAGGCCGAAAUGGCCGAUACCGGAGAUUUUGAUGGUUGUGGCGAAAUUUGCGCCUAGGUUAGCAAUUGUACCGACGGAAGAUCUUGUUGAUAAGUCGGUGAAGGUGCCGGAGAAGAGAAUAAUUGGGGGGAUGAAUCCGGUGAGGUAUACGGGGAAGCCGAGGUUGGGGACGGUUAUGGAGUUGUUGAGAGUGACUGAGGAUUUGAGUAGGAGGUUGAGUCAGGUGGAGAUACCGUUUAUUGUGUUGCAUGGUGAUGCGGAUGCGGUUACGGAUCCGGAUGUCAGUAAGGAGUUGUUUGACAAGGCUAAGAGUGUUGAUAAGAGUUUGAAGGUUUACGAAGGGAUGUGGCAUUCGUUGUUGUUUGGUGAGACGGAUGAGAAUGUUGAAGUUGUUCGUCGUGAUAUUCUCGAGUGGUUGAAUCAUCGGAGUUGAUUGAAGAUGAUUGAUUUAGUUGUUGGUUUGAUUGAUUGAUUUGUGUUGAUGAAUCAUGAAUGUGUGUUGUUGAUAUUGUUUGUUCUAGUGUUUUGAUCAAGUUAAGAACCACUGAAAUCGAGUUUGUUGUGCAAUGUUAAGAAUUCUUCUUUACUUCA